GGAAUUCCUGCAGAAAAGAAGGUAGGAAGGAAGGAAAGGGAAGGAGGGGGCUCUCGCGUACGGACGGGGGGGCGUGCGUGCGUUUGACCGAUGGCGCCAACUUUUUGGGUUUUGGCCAAUUUCUCAUUCCCGCCAUUUCGCCGCACCCGACCCGAUCCCUCCCCCAUCUCCCGCCUUCGAUUCCAUGGCUUCCCACGCCCCCGCGUGACCAAACGCCGCUGACCCAUCUCUCCUUCUCCCUCCAUCUCUUCUGGGUCUUCAUUGCCUUUCCAGUUCGAGCCCGAUUUCGAUUCUGGGUCGUCGGCGAUUUCUUGGUCCGAUUCGAUUACCCCGACAGCCAAAGAGGGAAGGAAAGAUCCACGGAUGGGAUCCGCGGCUUUAUUAGACUCCGCAGCCGCGACGGGUAACGCUCCCGCCGCCUCCGCUGAUGACGACUCCUCCUCCUCCUCAAAAUCGUCGCCUGGGAUGGCGAAGAAACAAGGCAAGGAAAAGUCUGCUGCUGCUAAUCCUAAGAAGGCAUCGACGAUCAACAGGAAGGACAAGAAACGGAGCUUGCCUCGGGAUGGUGAGGAACCCGCUGGUUCCCGCAAGAUGCCGAAGCGAGCUGCUGCAUGCACGGAUUUCAAGGAAAAGUCCAUGCUUAUCGAUGAGAAAUCAUCUCUGAUCGAGAAAAAGAAAGCAAAGCUAGCUGAUGAAGAGAUUUUGGCGAUUGGCCUUACUGCUGGGAGAGAAGAGGGUCGGCCAAAUCGGAGACUAGCUGAUUUCAUUUUGUACAACGAACAGGGAGUCCCGCAGCCCCUCGAGAUGUUGGAAGUGGAUGAUCUGUUUAUCUCGGGUCUGAUUUUGCCUCUUGAGGAAAGUGCUGAAAAGGAGAAGGACAAAGAGAAGGGUGUCCGGUGUGAAGGGUUUGGACGUAUCGAAUCGUGGUCUAUAUCCGGUUACGAAGAAGGAUCUCCGGUUGUAUGGCUUUCAACUGAUAUUGCUGAUUACGACUGCCUCAAACCGGCAGCUAGCUACAAGAAAUAUUACGAUCACUUUCUGGAAAAAGCCCGUGCUUGCGUGGAGGUCUACAAAAAACUCUCGACAUCUUCUGGAGGAAAUCCUGACUGCAGUCUCGACGAGUUGCUCGCUGGGGUGAUACGUGCAAUGAGUGGAAGUAAGAGCUUUUCCAGUGGAUCAUCGAUCAAAGAUUUUCUUAUUUCUCAGGGCGACUUUAUCUACAACCAACUGAUAGGCUUGGAUGAGACUUCAAAAAGUGAUCGUAUGUUUGUGGAACUGCCUGUUCUAGCAGCUCUUAGUGAUGAGUGUAGUAAGUACGGCAAUUUUACGCAGGCAAAAUCAGCACCUUCCGGUAAAGGGAUAGUCAUUGGUUCAAAAUCUACAGAUGGAGAGGUAGCGGCUCAGUAUGGUUCAUCUGCUGGUGGGGCUGAGGAAGAUGAGGACGUGAAAUUGGCUAAAUUGUUGCAAGAAGAAGAGUACUGGCAAUCAAGGAAACAGAAAAAGAACCAGGGUUCAGCUUCUGCAUCAACCAAAUUUUACAUCAAGAUCAAUGAAGAUGAAAUAGCAAACGAUUACCCUUUACCUGCUUAUUACAAGAAUGAUGAUCAGGAAACGGACGAAUUUAUAGUCUUCGACAGUGAACUUGAUAUGGUUGACAUUGAUGAUCUCCCAAGAAGCAUGCUUCAUAAUUGGUCACUUUAUGACUCUGACUCUAGAUUGAUAUCUUUGGAGCUUCUUCCAAUGAAAUCUUGCGACGAUAUUGACGUUACAAUCUUUGGGUCUGGCGUAAUGACUGCUGAUGAUGGAAGUGGAUUUUGUCUCGACACGGACACCAAUCAAUCUUCCCCAGUUGGUUCUGGAGCCCAGCACGUGGAUGGAAUGCCAAUCUACCUGAGCGCAAUAAAGGAAUGGAUGAUUGAAUUUGGAUCAUCAAUGGUUUUCAUAUCGAUUCGGACAGAUAUGGCUUGGUACAGACUCGGGAAACCAUCAAAGCAGUAUGCUCCAUGGUAUACUCCAGUACUUAAGACAGCAAGGGUCGGAAUAAGCAUUAUUACAUUGCUGAAGGAGCAAAGCCGAGUAUCUAAACUUUCAUUUGCAGAUGUCAUCAAGAAAGUCUCAGAGUUUGAGACAUCUCAUCUGGCUUAUAUUUCUUCUAAUCCAGCAGCUGUUGAAAGGUAUGUGGUGGUGCACGGUCAAAUAAUACUGCAACUGUUUGCAGUAUAUCCUGAUGAAAAGAUCAAGAAGUGUUCUUUUGUGAUUGGUCUUUCAAAGAAAAUGGAGGAGAGACACCACACCAAGUGGCUUGUGAAGAAGAAGAAGAUUAUGCUGAAGAACCUGCCAAACUUAAAUCCAAGGGCAGCUAUGGGAUUUGUUUUACCGAAGAGAAAGGCCAUGAAGGCGACAACAACCAGGCUCAUCAAUAGAAUAUGGGGUGAGUACUACUCCAACUACUCACCAGAGGAAAUAAAAGAGGGAACGGGCACAGAUGCAAAAGAAGAGGAUGACAUAGAGGAGCAAGAGGAGAAUGAAGAGGAUGACAAUGAAGAUAUAUCAGUAAAUCCAGAGGAAAGUCAGAAAACUGGUUCAGCACCUAGGCGAAGUAAGCCUGCCUCUACACAUAAAGAAGUUAGAUGGCACGGGGAGUCCGUGGGUCAAACAUCUUCAGGUGAAGCUCUGUAUAGACAAGCUGUUGUCCAUGGUGAAACAAUUGCUGUAGGAGAUGCAGUAGCCUUGGAAGUUGAGGAGUCAGAUGAACUUCCUAUGCUGUAUUAUGUGGAAUACAUGUUUGAAACAUCAAAAGGAAGCAAAAUGUGCCAUGGACGAAUGAUGAAGCGAGGAACUCAAACCGUCCUCGGAAAUGCUGCUAAUGAGAGAGAGGUAUUUCUGGUGUAUGAGUGCUCAAACAUUGCACUAGUCGAUAUAAAACAAACUGUCGUGGUAGAUAUUCGUUCAAGACCUUGGGGAUAUCAAUAUAGGAAAAGUGAUGCCAACGCUGAUAUGAUCGAGCGGACAAAGGCAGAAGAGAGAAAGAAGAAAGGAUUGCCACUUGAGUUUUACUGUAAAAGCUUGUAUUGGCCUGAGAGAGGUGCAUUCUUCAGUCUUCCUCGGGAUACAGUGGGUCUUGGGUCAGGAGUUUGCCACUCAUGCAAAGUGAGGGAAGUUGAAAACGAGAAGGGAACCUUCAAAUUGAAUUCAUUGAAGACUGGUUUUAUCUACAAUGGAGUUGACUAUCUUGUUCAUGAUUAUGUCUACAUAAGCCCCCAUUUUUUCACUGAGGAAAGAGUAGAGACCGGAACUUUCAAGAGUGGGAGAAAUGUGGGCCUGAAGGCUUAUGUAGUAUGCCAACUUCUGGAAAUUAUCUGUCCCAAAGAGUCCAAGAAAACUGAGGCAAACUCAACUCAAAUGAAAGUCCGAAGAUUUUACAGACCGGAGGAAAUCUCAACUGAGAAGGCAUAUUGUUCUGAUAUCCAGGAGGUCUACUACAGCGAGGAAACGCAGAUAUUGAAUAUUGAGAGCAUUGAAGGCAAGUGUGAAGUAAGGAAGAGGAGUGACAUUCCGUCUUGUGAUUCUCCAGCAAUGUUUCAGCACGUUUUCUACUGUGAACAUCUAUAUGAUCCUUCAAAAGGAUCACUCAAGCAGUUGCCAACUCACAUUAAACUUAAGUACUCGGUCGGAGUGGAUACUGAUGCUGCAUCUAGAAAGAGAAAAGGGAAGUGCAAGGAAGGAGAGACUGAUUUAGAAAUGGAGAAACAGAAGGAAGCAUCUCAAGGGAACAAUUUGGCCACAUUAGACAUUUUUGCUGGUUGUGGAGGCUUAUCAGAGGGACUGCAACGAUCCGGAGUUUCGAACACAAAAUGGGCAAUAGAGUAUGAAGAGCCUGCUGCAGAUGCAUUCAAGCUCAAUCAUCCAGAGUCGUUGAUGUUUGUCAACAACUGUAAUGUAAUCCUGAGGGCCAUAAUGCAAAAGUGUGGGGACAUUGAUGACUGCAUCUCAACCCCUGAAGCAGCAGAGCUCGCAACAUCCUUAGAUGAGAAGGAGAUAAGUAACUUACCUUUGCCAGGGCACGUAGAUUUUAUCAACGGAGGACCUCCCUGCCAGGGUUUUUCCGGAAUGAAUAGAUUCAACCAAAGCACGUGGAGUAAAGUUCAAUGCGAGAUGAUAUUAGCAUUCUUAUCAUUUGCUGAUUACUUUAGGCCCAAAUACUUCCUCUUGGAGAAUGUGAGGAAUUUUGUGUCCUUCAAUAAAGGGCAAACAUUUCGCUUGACUCUGGCAUCCCUCCUUGAGAUGGGGUAUCAGGUGAGGUUUGGCAUUCUGGAGGCUGGAGCAUAUGGAGUUUCUCAGUCACGGAAGCGGGCAUUCAUAUGGGCAGCCUCUCCAGAAGACACCCUUCCAGAGUGGCCAGAGCCCAUGCACGUCUUUGCUGCUCCUGAGCUGAAAAUCACAUUGUCAGAGGAUUUGCAGUAUGCUGCUGUUCGAAGCACUGCAAGUGGAGCUCCUUUCCGUGCAAUAACUGUCAGGGAUACAAUUGGAGAUCUCCCAGCUGUGAUAAAUGGAGCAUCUCAGACAAACCUAGAGUAUCAAAAUGAUCCUGUCUCAUGGUUCCAAAAGAAAAUAAGAGGAAACAUGGCAGUUUUGAUUGAUCAUAUAUCUAAAGAAAUGAACGAGCUGAAUUUAAUCAGAUGUCAGAAAAUUCCAAAGCGGCCAGGUGCUGAUUGGCGUGACCUUCCCGAAGAAAAGGUUAAAUUGUCAAAUGGACAAGUUGUUGAUUUGAUACCAUGGUGCCUUCCAAACACAGCUAAUCGGCACAACCAGUGGAAGGGGCUGUUUGGAAGAUUGGACUGGGAGGGUAACUUCCCAACUUCCAUCACAGAUCCUCAGCCAAUGGGAAAAGUUGGGAUGUGUUUUCACCCUGAUCAGGACAGGAUUCUUACAGUUCGUGAAUGUGCCCGAUCUCAGGGCUUCCGUGACUCCUAUCUGUUUGCUGGAAACAUUCAGCACAGGCACAGGCAGAUUGGUAAUGCUGUUCCCCCACCGCUGGCAUAUGCACUUGGAAGAAAACUCAAGGAAGCAAUGGGCAGCAGGAGGGUCUAAUUAGAGGAGAGAUCAGGUGGGCAUUAGAAUGAGCGAAUUCAAAUGCCCAUAUUUCUCUUUAUUUUGACAGAACAGAUACAGAGCAACCGAAGAAGCUUGCCAUAUAUCACUUUGCCGGAUGGGCGAAAGCGAGUAUUCAUGCCUUUUGAUCCUUAUUGUCUUGAACAUCAUGUGCAGAGAUUGCCUUCCUGAAUUGAUAGAAGUUGCAUCAAAUAGAAAAUCAAAAAAACAAGACCGGCUCGAGUUGCUGUACAGAGAACUUGCUUCCUAUUAUAUACAAAUUAGGAACGUGCGCGAAGGA